AUUCACACCAGAUGAACAGCUCAAGUGUUUUAGAUCAGACUUUUCACAACUGAACAACUAAAGAAAAUGUUCCACAUGCUUGUUUUGUUCUGUUUGUGCUGGUGGCAUCUGAUUGGUGUGUUUGGUGAAUCAGUGUCAGUGAUGGAGGGAGAUUCUGUCACUUUAAAAACUAAUGCUACUGAAGUACAACAAGCUGACGACAUACUGUGGAAAUUUGGAGCUGAAAAGUCUCUCAUAGCUAAAAUUAAAAAACCACAGCAAAUCUUCUCCACAUUUAAUGGUACUGAUGGGAGAUUCAGAGACAGACUGAAGCUGGACAAUCAGACUGGGUUUCUGACCAUCACAAACAUCACAACUCAACAUGCUGGACUCUAUAAACUAGAUAUUACUGGAGAGAAACUGUCAUCACACACAUUCGAUGUUUCUGUCUAUGCUCAUCUGCCUGUUCCUGUCAUCAGCAGAAACUCUUUGCAAUGUUCAUCAUCAUCAUCACCAUCCUGUUCAUUGUUGUGUUCAGUGGUGAAUGUGGGUCAUGUGACUCUCUCCUGGUACAAAGGAAACAGUUUAUUGUCCAGCAUCAGUGUGUCUGAUCUCAGCAUCAGUCUCUCUCUACCUCUGGAGGUGGAAUAUCAGGAUAACAACACCUACAGCUGUGUGCUCAACAAUCCCAUCAGCAACCAGACUCAACACCUCAACGUUACUCAUCUUUGUCAGAAAUGUGCAGGUGUGUUUGGUGAGUCAGUGUCAGUGAUGGAGGGAGAUUCUGUCACUUUAAACACUGAUGUUACUGAAAUACAUGAAGAUGAUGACAUACUGUGGAAAUUUGGAGCUGAAAAGUCUCAAAUAGCUAAAAUGAAGAAAAAGAAGCAAAUCUUCUCCACAUAUGAUGGUCCUGACGGGAGAUUCAGAGACAGAUUGAAGCUGGACAAUCAAACUGGAUCUCUGACCAUCACAAACAUCACAACUCAACACGCUGGAGUUUAUCAACUAGAGAUAGCUGGAGCGAAAAAAUCAUCACAAACAUUCAGUGUUUCUGUCUAUGCUCGCCUGCCUUUUCCUGUCAUCAGCAGUAACUCUUCACAAUGUUCUUCAUCAUCUUCAUCACAGCAGAAUUGUUCAUUGUUGUGUUCAGUGGUGAAUGUGAGUCAUGUGACUCUCUCCUGGUACAAAGGAAACCGUUUAUUGUCCAGCAUCAGUGUGUCUGAUCUCAGCAUCAGUCUCUCUCUACCUCUGGAGGUGGAAUAUCAGGAUAAAAACACCUACAGCUGUGUGCUCAACAAUCCCAUCAGCAACCAGACCACACAUCUGGACAUCAGUCGACUCUGUAACACAUGUGCAGUGUCUGUCUCUCUGAUAGCGCUGAUCUCUGUUGGAUCACUGGUGAUUGUCGCUGCAGUCGGGAUCUUCUGGAUCUGCAAGAAAUGCAGAAAAAUUGACAAAGAAGAUGAGGCAGAAACAGGCUCGGAGAGUGAGGGAGAGCCCACUGAGCAUCAGCUAAAUCAGACAGGUACAGAUGAAACUGCCCCAGAGUCAUCUCAGCAAAGUAAAGGUGAUGGUCUUGGAACUGAGCCAGAGACAGAAAAUGUUCAGAUUGAGAAAGAAAGGCAAUACAAUGAGACAGAGAGGGAAGAGACAGAGGUAGAACAGGAAGAUAUGGAGAGUGAGGCAGCCACAGACACAAAGGAGAAAGAGCCAGAAGACUGA